ACGGCUGUUGUCACAGCUGGGUAGUUGGCUCGCUGGAAGUUGAGCAACAGCCGUCUGGAGCGAGCGAGUGGCGGCGUGGAUUUCCAGGAGCCCCGCAGAAUCCACGGAGAAGGUUCGUCUCAGGAAAGUCCAUCACCACGGUUCAGAAUCCCAUCUGUGACGACCCACGAUGCGGAGAAGAUGAGUCCUCCAGACGGUCUGGGACAACUUCCUGUCUUUGCUGCUGUCCCUCCCACUCCCUGGACCUCACCCGCCCUCCGCACUGUCCCCAGUAGGGGGCGGUAAGGCGAUGUCUGGGUGGCGUUCCCAGGGGCGCCUCCUGCUGCUGAACUCGUUGACCUGCGGCCUGGAGAUCUGCGUGGCGGCUGGGAUCACCUACGUUCCCCCGCUGCUGCUGGAGGCCGGGGUGGAGGAGCGCUACAUGACCAUGGUGCUGGGUAUCGGCCCGGUUCUGGGGCUGCUCUUCAUCCCUCUGAUCGGCUCGGCCAGCGACCAGUGCAACAGCAGCUACGGCCGCCGCCGGCCCUUCAUCUGGCUGCUGUCUCUGGGCGUCCUGCUGGCGCUCUUCAUCAUCCCCAACGCCGACCUGCUGGCGGCCCGUCUGCCCUGGGCGGAGCAGACCCUGCAGGUGGGCUUCCUGAUCCUGGGCGUGGGCCUGCUGGACUUCUGCGGCCAGGUGUGCUUCACGCCGCUGGAGGCGCUGCUGUCGGACCUGUACCGGGACGAGGAAGACUGCGGCCGGGCCUUCGCCAUGUUCUCCUUCAUGGUCAGCGUGGGCGGCUGUGUGGGCUACCUGCUGCCCGCCGUGGACUGGAGCCGCAGCCCGCUGGCCGUCUACCUGGGCGGCCAGGCCGAGUGCCUCUUCUCCCUCCUCAUCCUCAUCUUCGUCACCAGCGUCAUCGUCACCAUGAAGGUGUCUGAGGAGCCGUCCUUUUCGGGCCCGGCCCGGUCCGGCCCGCCGCCAGAGCGCGGUGGCGCCAGGGAGGCGGGGCGCUGCGGACUCCCUCGCUCCUGCUUCUCUCUGCUCAGGUGCAAGCUGCGGCUGCUGGGGGCGGGGCCUCUGCUCUGCCUGCUGCGCACCUGCCUCACCACCAUACCCGCCAUCUUCUGGAGCUACUGCCGCGUGCCGCGCGUCAUCAGGCAGCUCUGCGCGGCGCAGCUCUGCAGCUGGAUGGCCGUCAUGUCCUUCAUGCUGUUCUACACAGACUUCGUGGGGGAGGGGCUUUACGGCGGCGUCCCCAGCGCGGCGCCGGGGAGCGUGGCACGGCAGCGGUACGAUGAAGGCAUCCGCAUGGGCAGCCUGGGCCUGUUCCUGCAGUGCUCCACGUCCACCAUGUUUUCUCUGGCGAUGAGCCGCCUGCUGCGGCGCUUCGGCCCUCGCCGCGUCUACCUGGGCAGCAUGGUGAGCUUCACGCUGUCCGCCCUGGGCAUCUGCCUGUCUGGCAGCGUCGUCAUGGUGACGGCCAUGACCGCACUCACCGGCUUCGCCUACGCCACGCUGCAGACCGUCCCGUACACGCUGACCUGCCACUACCACAAGGAGAAGGAGGUCUACUUGUCUCCAGGGAAACCCAGAACCUCGCACAGCAACGGCGUGGCGGUGGGGCAGGACGCCGUCUACCUGACACCUGCAGAGGAAGAGGGGGGGGUCCAGAACCACAAACCGCCUCUGUACAGGCAGGACGGGUUUGAAUACUUUCCCCUCCAGCAGGGCGAGGCGGGCAGCGAGCGGCGCGGUGUGGGGCUGGACUUCGCCAUCUUGGACAGCACCUUCCUCCUGUCGCAGGUCAUCCCCACGCUCUUCAUGGGCGCCAUCGUCCAGCUGGCCAAAUCCGUCACCGCCUACAUCGCUAGCUCCGCCCUCUUCGGCGCCAUCGCCAUUUACCUUUCGACCCGCAUCGUCUUUGACCAGAAGGACCUCCGGAGCUGAGGCAGUGAGGUCCUGCCUUACCCACAAUGCCUUAGUGGGUGGGGGGCAUCCUCAGGUAGAACCGGCAGCAAUCUGAAAAAUCCCCAGGUUUCAUCCGGGCCAUUUAGAACCGUUCUGGUUUGGUUCUGAUCCAUUUGGUUCUUCAGGUUUCCACUGAGUCCAGCUGGGAGAAAAUCCCGAUAUUUAUCCAUAAACAUGAAGUUCUGACCCGUUA